AUGCCGUUGGAAAAGAAGGGUUUCAUUGGAAGAAAGAGAGAAGGCGAUGUUAACAAUCUGGAAGGUGGGUAUAAGGGCAAGAGAGUAGAUUUCCAUAAUCCUCAAGUACCUACCUCUCAAUUCUCACGCAUAAACUUUAACCAGCCUUUUUCCCCUAAUAGAACAAAUAACCAAUCGAACUACCAAAAUCACUACCAAAGACCCCAUACAAAAUACACUUCGGAACAACUGCCACCCUUACCCAUGCCUUUGAAGGACAUGUACACCAAACUGUUGAGCAUCGGACAAAUAACUCCUAUCCCUACACUACCACUACAACCACCAUUCCCAAUUUGGUACAAGCCCGAGUUGGCUUGCGAGUACCAUGGGGGUAAUCCCGGGCAUGGGAUUGAAACCUGUUACGCCUUCAAGAAGAGGUUGUUGGAGCUUAUUAAGAUGGGAUGGGUAUCCUUUGAGGACAAGCCCAAUGUUAAUUCAAACCCAUUGCCUAAGCAUGCCCCAAAUAGUAGUGGAAUAGGCAUGAUCGAAGUGGGAAAUCAAUGCAAGGUGUUGAAGGUGUCCAUGAAGAGGUUGUACGACAUGUUGGUACAAUCAGGAUUUCUAAAGACAAAGGUGGAGAGCCAUUUGGAGGGAUAUGAUUACUGUGAAUACCAUGGAAGAGAUGGACAUCAUAUUGAGGAUUGCAUCGAGUUUUGCGAAAAGAUUGCAAGAAUGCUAAAAAUGGAGGAGUUGAGGAUUGAACCCAUAAAGAGCAGCGGUGAGGUGAGUAUGAUGGAAGGUCAAGAUGAAAUGACAGGAGUAUGCAGGGUCCAGCAAACAGCUUAUGGGCCCCCAAGGCUAAUCUUGGUUAAACCGCCCUACACAAUAGGGAAUCACAAUGCCAUGCCUUAUAAUUAUGGUUAUGCCUCUAACGUUCGAGCUCCUCUUCCUUUGUUCCAGCCUGAGAUAAGUGGUUUGACCAGGAGUGGUCGUUGCUUUACGCCCGAGGAGUUGAGGAAGUCAAAGGGCAAAGAAGUGGUAGAUCUGGACAAAGCACUAGAAGUUAAUAAGCCAGUAACGGAAGAGGAAUCGAAUGAAUUCUUGAAGUUGAUCAAGCAUAGCGAAUAUUGCAUAAAGGUAUUGAAUGAGGCAUAUGUACCCCAAGACAUCGAACAUAAAACCAUGGAGCACCUAGUGGGGAGAAUCCAUGCAACGAAUUACCUGUACUUCACAGCUGACGAGCUCGAUGCUGAAGGUACCGGACAUAACAAGCCUUUAUACAUUACGGUUAGGUGCAAGGAUUGCCUCAUAGGAAAAGUACUCAUUGAUAAUGGCUCGGCCCUUAACGUGUUGCCAAAACACAUGCUAGAAGAAAUGCCGAUCGAUGAAUCCCAUAUUAAGCCAAGUACUAUGAUGGCCAGAGCGUAUGACGGGUCGCCUAGGCCAAUAAUUGGGACUUUAGAAGUGGAGCUAUAUGUGGGACCACAAAUGUUCCUAGUAACACUUCAGGCCGAGGAGACAGUAUCCAUGACAAAGAAUGUAGUUGUGCCUUUUAUCGAAGCGGGUGAUUGCAAGGGUAACAAUAUCCAUGCCUUUGAGAUUGUGAACACCGACUGGGUGCCGGAGAACACAGUGCUAAGAAGGCCAAGGAUCUCAGAAGCAGCAAGGAUGGCAAGUCUAUGCUUCUUGAACCGCGGAAUCCCAUUUCAGUAUAACCUUAUUAUCGGGAUACCAGAAGGGGUUAAUCUGGCAAAGAUGAAAAGUGCUGCUCAAAGAUUUGGGCUAGGGUACCAACCUAACCAAGAGGAUUAUCGGUGGGCUGCUGGUCGGAGAAGGGCAAGAAGGAUGGCUAGAAUUAAAGGAAGAGAGCCUGAUGAAGAAAAGCUGGAAAUCCCUCCCCUUAGCGUGUCAUUCCCAAAAGCUGCAUACAUAAUGCAACAUGAUAAAGAAGCCGAAAGCCUUGAUCAAGAGCUGUCAAACAUGAGCAUAAAUACCUUGGGGGAAAACAAGGUGGAAGGAGAUGACAUGAAGACAGUAGCAAGAAAGGGAGAUGAAGCACUCCCACAACUGACGGUCUACACCAUAGAAGAAGUAUCCGCCAAGACCUUUGUGCGCAAGCUAGUAGAACAACAGGAACAGACUUGGAAGCCUAUCGCCGAGGAACUCGAAACCAUCAAUGUGGGCAGUGAUCAGCUUAAGAAAGAGUUAAAAAUAGGUACCCUAAUUACUUCUGAACAAAGGAUAAAAAUGAUCACCCUAUUACAAGAAUAUUCAGAUGUCUUUGCUUGGUCCUAUGAAGAUAUGCCUGGUUUGGAUACAAAUAUUGUAGUACACAAGAUACCGUUGGAAGAAGGUUGUAAGCCAGUCAAGCAGAAGCUGAGGAGGGCCCACCUGGAUGUCUGGAUCAAGGUCAAGGCAGAACUCGAGAAGCAAUGGGAUGCUGGUUUUCUAGAAGUAGUUAGAUAUCCGCAAUGGGUAUCUAACAUUGUUGUGGUGCCUAAGAAGGAGGGGAAGAUUAGAGUGUGCGUGGAUUUUCGGAAUUUGAAUAAAGCUAGCCCCAAGGAUGAUUUUCCGCUACCACACAUAGAUGUUUUAGUAGACAACGCUGCCCGGAGUUCCACAUAUUCCUUUAUGGAUGGUUUUUCAGGAUACAACCAGAUAAAAAUGGCUCCGGAGGAUAAGACGAAAACAACUUUUGUCACACCUUGGGGAACGUUCUGCUAUAAGGUCAUGCCAUUUGGAUUGAAGAAUGCAGGAGCAACCUAUCAAAGAGCAAUGGUGACUUUGUUCCACGACAUGAUGCACAAGGAAAUUGAGGUGUAUGUAGACGACAUGAUUGCCAAGUCUAAAAGGGAAGAGGAUCAUGUUGAAGUUUUGAGGAAGUUAUUUGAGAGACUGAGGAAGUAUGAAUUAAGGCUCAAUCCUAUAAAAUGUUCAUUCGGAGUUAAAUCGGGUAAGCUGUUAGGAUUUGUGGUAAGUGAUAGAGGUAUAGAGGUGGAUCCAGAUAAAGUGAAGGCCAUCCAAGCUAUGUCAUCCCCUAAGACGGAGAAAGAAGUAAGAGGAUUCUUGGGAAGGUUAAACUACAUUGCUCGGUUCAUAGCUCAGUUAACAACGAUGUGUGAACCUAUAUUCCGACUACUAAGGAAAAAGAAUCCUGGAACCUGGAAUGAGGAGUGUGAGGAGGCAUUCAAUAAAAUCAAGCAUUAUUUACAAAAUCCACCUUUACUGGUUCCUCCAGUAGCAGGAAAACCUCUAGUAUUAUAUCUAACAGUAACUGAAGCAGCCAUGGGAUGUGUAUUGGGUCAACAUGAUGAAACCGGAAGGAAGGAAAGAGCUAUUUAUUACUUAAGUAAGAAAUUCACUGAAUGUGAGUCUAGAUACACGGAGAUAGAAAGGCUUUGUUGUGCGUUGGUGUGGGCGGCAAAGAGGUUGCGACAUUAUAUGUUAUACUAUACCACUUGGUUAAUUUCAAAAGUGGAUCCUCUGAGGUAUAUCUGUAACAAGCCCUUUCUCUCAAGUCGAAUUGCAAGGUGGCAAGUUCUAUUAGCAGAAUAUGACAUAGUAUACAUGACAAGGAAAGCUGUAAAAGGAAGUGCAAUCGCGGACCAUCUGGUCGAUAAUGCUGUUGAAGAUUACGAACCUUUGGAUUUUGACUUCCCCGAUGAAGAUAUAUUGUCAAUAGAGAAAGAAGAAGAGAAGACAGAUUGGUGGACGAUGUUUUUUGACGGUGCAGUGAAUGUAUAUGGUAACGGGGCCGGUGCGGUAAUAAUCUCUCCUGAUAAGAAACAAUAUCCAGUUUCGGUUAAACUACAUUUCGAGUGCACCAACAAUACAGCUGAGUAUGAAGCUUGUAUCCUCGGUUUAGAAGCGGCAUUAGAAUUGAAGAUAAAGAAGUUAGAUGUAUAUGGAGAUUCAAUGUUGAUUAUCUGUCAGGUUAAAGGGGAAUGGCAGACCAAGGAGGAAAAGUUGAGGCCGUACCAGGAAUACCUAUCCACGCUAGCAAAGGAAUUUGAAGAAAUUAGAUUCACCCAUCUGGGAAGGGAGGGGAACCAUUUUGCGGAUGCUUUGGCCACGCUAGCUGCUAUGACUACCAUUGAUCUCAAGUGCAAGGUACAACCGGUACACAUUGACAUUAGAAAUGACCCAGCUUAUUGUUGCUUAGUUGAAGGAGAGAUAGACGGACAUCCUUGGUAUUAUGAUAUCAAGAACCUUGUGCAAAAUCACGAAUAUCCGGUGGGAGCUUCCAAAACGGAUAAGAAAACUUUGAGAAGGUUGGCUAUAGACUUCUAUUUAGAUGGAGAGAUUUUGUACAAAAGAUCAUUUGAUGGGACCCUACUAAGGUGUUUGAAUGAGGCAGAUGCUAGAAAGGCAUUACGGGAGGUCCAUGAGGGGAUUUGCUCAACCCAUGCUAGCGGGCAUAUGAUAGCGAGGAAAAUCCAAAGGGCUGGUUAUUUUUGGAUGACACUAGAGAAAGACUGCAUCGAUUAUGUCAGGAAAUGUCAUAAAUGUCAAGUUUACAGUGACAAGGUCAAUAUGCCACCAGCUCCUCUAUUUAAUCUAAUAUCCCCUUGGCCAUUUACAAUGUGGGGAAUUGACGUGAUCGGGCCUGUUAACCCAAAAGCUAGCAAUGGUCAUAGAUUCAUCCUCGUAGCUAUUGACUACUUCACAAAAUGGGUAGAAGCUAGUUCAUAUGCCCACGUAACACAGAACGUAGUGAAGAGGUUUAUAGAAAAGGACUUGAUUUGUCGAUAUGGUCCUCCUGAAAGGAUAGUGACAGAUAAUGCACAGAAUUUCAAUGGCAAAAUGAUAGCGGAGCUGUGUACUAAAUGGAAAAUCAAGCAUUCGAAGUCUUCACCAUACCGACCAAAGAUGAAUGGCGCAGUAGAAGCCGCCAACAAGAACAUCAAGAAGAUUAUUCAGAAAAUGGUAGUCACAUAUAGAGAUUGGCAUGAGAUGUUGUCAUUCGCACUUCACGCAUACCGCACUACAGUCAGGACCUCGACAGGGACUACCCCAUAUUCUUUGGUAUACGGUAUGGAGGCAGUAAUGCCGUUGGAAGUGGAAAUCCCAUCGUUAAGAGUAUUAAUGGAUUCCGAACUAGAAGAGGCUGAGUGGGCCAAAGUGAGAUAUGAGCAACUGAACUUGAUCAGCGAAAAGAGGAUAGCUGCAAUAUGUCAUCACCAACUUUACCAGAAACGAAUGGCCAAGGCAUAUGAUAAGAAGGUUAGACCGCGGUUGUUUCAAGAAGGGGAUCUAGUAUUGAAGAAAAUAUUGUCGUUACCUGGAGACGAUCAAAGCAAAUGGGCACCGAAUUACGAGGGUCCUUACAUAGUAAAGAAGGCAUUCUCAGGAGGAGCGCUGAAGUUGGCUAGAAUGGAUGGAGAAGACCUAGCUCGACCUGUGAAUUCUGACUCUGUAAAAAGAUAUUAUGCUUGAUGUAGGCUCCUAAAUCAAUAAAGCAAAG